UCCGAGCCACAAAAUAUGUCAGCCAAAUACGCCCUGAUCUUUGCCCUGGCGGCCCUCUGCUGCCUGGUGGUCUCCACCGAGGCGGCGGCCCAGCGCAGCCGAGUUCUGAGCUCCCGCCGUGGCAUCGAGCUGGUCGAGAAGGAUAGCCAGGAGGAGACCGAGCUGGCUGCCCAGGAGAAGGAGCUGGAGCGACAGGAGCAGGAGCAGGAGCAGAAGAACGCACUGGAGGGACGCAGCGAGGAUGGCGCCGUGGCCACCGAGAACAAACAGGACAAGGACACCGCCACCGCCACCAAGGAUAAGGACACCGUGGUGAGGCCCAACAAGGAUGACGCCCGUGCCCGCCGCAUCGUUCGUGCUGGUCGUCGUCGUGGAGGACGCCGCGGUGGUCGCCGGGGAGGUCGUCGUGGUGGACGCCGCUCUGCUCGCCGUGGAGGACGUCGUGGUGGACGCAGGCGCGGCGGUCGUCGCGGUCGUGCCGGUGCCCGUCGCCGCACCUCCAUCAAGAGGCGUUCCGGCAAGGGCAACAAGGCCUAAGAAAUUCCCCUCCCAGCUAAGACUAACUGACCGAUCCACUGACUCGAUUUA